ACUGAAACCAUUGUUCGUGAGGUGGUUUCACCUGUUUGUUUUCUUUAAAACGUGUUCUUAAAGCAAAGGAGGAGUUUAAAUAAUAAAAUCACCAAUCACUUCCUGUUUGAAAGUACAAAUGUUUAGGAGCUAACGUGUUCUGAUGUACAGUAAGGACUCAACUGAAACGAUCCAGGAUAUUAAGAAUGGCCCUCGCAGACCCCAUGCACCCGGAGGAGAAAGACGAGCCGUUCAUUGUGAAGGCGUUCAAGAUCUUUAUCGUCGUGACUCUCUACUGGUUUAUCUCCAUUACCAUGGUGUUCCUCAAUAACUAUCUGUUAGACAACAAGGACUUGGAUGCGCCACUAUUCGUCACUUUUUUCCAGUGUUUUGUCACUGUUGGAUUGUGUUUGCUCAUGAACUUUCUGGCAAAGCUUUGUCCGGGAUACGUGGAUUUCCCGUCACUGAAGCUGGAUCUGCGGGUGUCCAGAGAAUUGUUGCCUCUGUCCAUUGUUUUUAUCGGCAUGAUCACAUUUAAUAAUCUGUGUCUGAAGCACGUGGGUGUGGCCUUCUACACUGUUGGCCGAUCGCUUACAACCGUAUUUAACGUCAUUUUGUCGUACUUGAUGCUAAAACAAACAACGUCAUAUUACGCGUUGGCGUGUUGUGGAGUUAUUCUGGGUGGCUUCUGGCUUGGUGUGGAUCAGGAAGGGGUGGCCGGCUCUCUGUCCUAUACGGGUGUCAUGUUUGGCGUCCUGGCCAGUCUCUGUGUUUCUCUUAAUGCCAUCUACACAAAGAAAGUGUUGCCAGUGGUGGAUGGAAAUAUAUGGAAGCUCUCCUACUACAACAACCUCAAUGCCACUAUACUUUUUAUACCCCUCGUCAUCGUAUUCGGCGAAUUGGGAAGUUUGUUUCGAUUUAGUCGACUGACAGAUUUACAUUUUUGGGGCAUGAUGACCGUGGGCGGAAUCUUUGGCUUUGCCAUCGGUUACGUAACGGGACUUCAGAUUAAGUUCACCAGCCCGUUGACACACAAUGUAUCUGGCACAGCCAAAUCCUGCGCUCAGACCGUGUUGGCCGUUGCAUACUGGGCGUCCAGUAAAAGUGUACUGUGGUGGACGAGCAACAUAAUGGUUCUGGGUGGAUCUUUCGCUUACACCUGGGUCAAAGGACUUGAGAUGAAAAAAGUUCAGGUGCCGGUGGAGACACAAAACGACACUCCUCAGAAAAGUAAAGAAGACUUGGGGGUGUAGAGAUUUUUUGUGCUAAAAAUGCCUUAAUUAGAGAGACUAUUUGUUUUGCAUAUCCGUCUGUUUUAUAUGAUCAUUUGAUGUAUUUAUUUUAUUGUCAAUGGCAUUGUAGUAUAAAUAAAAAUGGCUAAAGCAA